AUGGCUGCCUUCGGAUUUCUAUGCUUGUUGGCGUCGGUGUACCCGAUCGUCGCGAUCCGUGAAGCCGUGGAGAAGGAGAAUCUUGCGCUGCGAGGAGGCGACACGAUAUCAUUCAACAUCCAGGUAAAGGACGUUGGCAGUUGUAGCUUCUUUGGGACGGAUAAGCGCAAGGUGACACUGACAAUCAAGGACACGAGGUCGGAGGGGCAUCCUUCUUGGGACUUUGACUACUACUUGAUGAACAUGGACGAGGCAAAGGAAUUUUUCCACGUCGGUCAACUCCACGGUGUUGACCCGGAAGCAGAACUCAAGGCGACGGUGACGGUGAAACAACAGUACGUUGUGGAGGCACUGGGCUGGGCUUCUUGUGGCACCGCGACAAGAGACAUAACAUGGGGACAAAUCGGUCCGAUUCCUGCAGCCGUAGUGCCCGUCAGCAAGGACAAGCGUGCCGGGUUUUAUCAAUUGGUUAGUCUCCAGCUUACAAUGGAGGCUGCGAAGGAAACAGACGCUCCCAAGGAGCGCAUGAUCAUCACCGAUCCAGAUGCUGGCCAGGUCCGGGCGCGUGAACUUGCAGUGGACACGGAAGUCGAGUCCGUUGUGACCGAGAGCACGACAGCCACCACCACGACAGCUCUGGACCUGGCAAUGGAGAAGGAAGUCGAGUCGGUUCUGGCAACGUUCACAACUACGACCACAACACCCACAAUUCCACCUCCGGUCUCUGCUCCAGAAAAUGGCGCGGACCAAGCCGCAGGCCUCGAUCCGACGGAGGAGGAGCACGACGAUGAAGAGGAAGAGCAUGGGGAGGACACAACAGUGGCAAACGUUGUCGACGACGUGAAGGAGAAGGCCGCGGCGAAACAGGUCAAUUGCAAAAAGUGCAUCUUCCGCCUGGGAAUUGGCCUGGAGGGUCUGCGAGCUUCCCAACUGCAAGGUGUGAUUGAUGCGCUCUGUGAUGCGGAGGAUUGCAGCUCCGAGUGCAAGGGCCCCUACGGCGGCUUGGAUCUCACAUGCGAGAAGGAGGAGGCUGCAGUGAAGCUUAUGAAGCGGGCGCUCAUUACGAACAUCGUGCGGAUGGAGAUGGAGGAAAGGAAAAUCCGAGCCGCCACAAGUCCUCAGGAUCAGCAGAAGCUCGAGCUGGCGGAACGGGCAAGCGCGAGGGAGGGCAACGAUCUUCCGGUAAAUUCUCCUGCGGUCCUGGCGACGGAGGCUUGUGGUGGAGGUCCCGACGAAGUGGCGGCGUGGUCAAGGAACGAGCUGGUGAGAGCAGCCGGAGGCUCCAGCAAAAAGGGCAAGGAUAAGGUGGCCAAGAAGUACCUGGAGGGCACCUGCAAAGAGCGGUCGAAGAAGAUCCCAGUUCCUGGCUACAAGUGCUCGGCCGUGUACACUUCGCUGAUGGGAGUGAAGAACAAGGAGAAGCACGGCAACUGCGACUUCACCAAAUACCUGAAGCACAUGGCGAAGAACAAUUUCAUUGAAGGCUGCCCCGAGGGACUUUGGCGCAUCUGCGAGGAUGGGGAGAGGUGCAUUGGGACCCGGUCCACCUACGCCUUGUGUGUUGCCACGGAGGUCUAA